AGGAAGAUGUAUGCACCAAAGGCUGAGCAGGAACUUGAAGCGUCCACUACACUAUAUCCGCAGCACAUAGCAACAGGGUAUCCGCCGCCAUUCCAAAAUCCCUCACAAUAUGUGCACCCGCCGCCGCCGCCGCCGCCGCCUCAUCCUUACCCUCUUCGUCCCACAGAGUGGUCAUCUGGCCUUUGCGCUUGCUGCCAUGAUCCUUCCAACUGUUUCCUCACGUGCUGGUGCCCCUGCAUCACUUUUGGGCAAAUAGCGGAGAUAGUGGAUGAGGGUUCUCCAACAUGCGCUUUGAGCGGAGGGAUCUAUUCGUGCUUAUACCGAAACAAGAUGCGGGCCAAAUAUAACUUGUCGGGGAGCCCCUGCACAGAUUGUCUUGUCCAUUUUAUUUGUGAUGAAUGCGCCCUGUGCCAGGAAUAUAGGGAACUCAAACACCGGGGAUACCAUCCUGCUCUUGGUAAAUAUAUUUCUGUGACUAGAAUCUUUCAACUGGUUUUGGCGUUAAUUUUCCUUUUUCUCGCCUUGUUGCAGGUUGGAGAGGUCAACAGCAGGAGAUGGGUAUCGCCAUGGCAGCUCCUGGGCAUCCAACCAUGGCAAGAUGAUUCCCCGCUCAUGCCAUUUCUAUUUCCUCAAGGGAUUUGGGAAUUUCAAUGGGUGUUUUGAAUAAUUAUCUUGGAUUGGCUAUUGUAGUGGUUUAUUAAUACCAUUAUUGAGUUUUUGAGAUUUUAGAAAGCUGAUUUGCUUGUUUACUUCCUAGUUCCUAGUGUCCUCCUCAAAGAGGUUGAUAUUUUGUAUAAAGACUACUAUUAAUUCAUUUAA